AAAACAGCAGUGUCCGCUACGAUUUUGCCAUCACCCGCAUAUAGAAAAGCAGUUCAACUGCAGAGCACUUGCACUUUUUCGCGCUCAACUAGUCCUGCAUAGAAGAAUACCAUGGCGGACUCCGAAAGCAGCUGGAGGUUCGCGCAGUGUUUUGGUGACAAGGGAGACGUGGAUGAUGUGACAGAAGCUGAUAUCAUCUCGGCGGUGGAGUUUGACAUGUCCGGAGAUUUCCUGGCCACUGGUGAUAAGGGAGGGCGGAUAGUUUUAUUUGAACGGAAUGAAGGAAAAAAGGGCUGUGAAUAUAAGUUUUACACGGAGUUCCAGUCGCAUGAACCCGAAUUCGAUUACUUGAAAAGUUUAGAAAUCGAAGAGAAGAUCAACAAAAUCAGGUGGUGCAAGCGACAGAAUGCUGCACACUUCCUUCUUUCGACCAAUGAUAAAACGAUCAAGCUCUGGAAGGUUUUUGAGAAGUCUCUAAAAGUGGUGUCGGAAACUAAUCUCCCCACGGAUAUAACUCCGUCUCGGGUGCCCAUGAGCAAGUCAAGCCUCAAGCUACCCAGGCUUAUACACCACGACACGAUGAUUGCUGCUAUUCCGCGAAAGAUCUAUCAGAACGCCCAUGCCUACCAUAUCAACUCCAUUUCUGUCAAUUCUGACGGAGAGACCUACCUGUCUUCAGACGAUUUGCGGAUCAACCUCUGGAAUCUCAAUGUAUCGGACCAAAGCUUCAAUAUCGUCGAUAUCAAACCUGUAAAUAUGGAAGAGUUGACGGAGGUCAUCACUACAGCGGAGUUUCAUCCGAGUCACUGUAAUUUAUUUGUAUACAGCAGCAGUAAGGGAACAAUUAAGUUGAAUGACAUGCGACAAGCGGCGCUCUGCGACAAUUACUCCAAACUCUUUGAGGAAGAAGAGGACCCCCAUAACAAAUCCUUCUUCUCCGAAAUCAUCUCAUCAAUAUCCGAUUUGAAGUUUUCGCACGAUGGACGUUAUAUCCUCUCCCGAGACUAUCUUACCUUGAAAGUCUGGGACAUGAAUAUGGAAACCAAGCCUAUUCAAACCAUAAAUAUCCACGACCAUCUACGAAGCAAGCUUUGCGAUUUAUACGAAAAUGACUGCAUCUUUGACAAAUUCGAAUGCACGUUCAGCGGGGACGGAUCAUCCGUUCUCACAGGGUCGUACAACAACUAUUUCCAUAUAUACGAUCGCGCAACUAAGAACGAUAUUGUACUACAAGCAGACAAGAGCGCGUUCAAGGCCAAGAAAAUUGGAUCUACCAAGAAUAAGGCAGCCGUAGGUGGUUUCGGUAGUAAAAAGCGACAGGAGGAUAUUGCCAAUGGUGAGGCCGCGGACUUCUCUAAGAAGAUCCUUCACGCAUCGUGGCAUCCACACGAAAACACCAUUGCGCUAGCAGCAACGAACAAUUUGUUCCUGUUUCAGUCAUAGGACAGCGCAAUUUAAAUAGGUGCUCAUCCGCUAAUUUGCUGUCAUAUGAUGUGGGGAUUUCUUUCUUGGGUGUACACGUUUUCGAUGUGAUCAACAACAAGUUGGUGAAUCAAAAUUGUAUUAACAAGUUUUUGCGAUGGCUCCCAUGCCAAGUGCUGCAAACUG